AUGUCACGCAUCCCCCAGCGCAACCCUUCAUCCCUCUCCUCCAGACCACUCUCACCAUCUCCAGCCAUGUCUGAUUCCCCAUCUCCACUUCCAGACAACCGCAGAAAGCGCAACACGCAGAAAGACGAGGCUCUCAGGCGCAAGAUCGAGACUGAGUUGGGCAAGAAGCGCCCUGGCUCCACCCAGUCCACCCACUCCAACAGAAAGCAUUCCAGUAGACAGCCCAAGCGCAACCAGAAGCAGCCAGGCUCUGUCGCCGCCCUCAAGCCUUCCCCUGCUCUCACUGUCCCCGACUCCAUCUCAGUCGCCGACGCCUCCCAGCUCUGUGCUGCCAAGCGUACCGACUGUGUCCUAGUCGUAGACGAUGACGAGUCGCUUUGCGGCAUCUUCACCGCCAAGGAUCUAGCAUUCAGGGUGGUAGCCGAGAACAUGGACACGCGCCACACACCCGUCUCGCAAAUCAUGACGCCCAACCCGCUCGUCACGCGUGACUCCUCCAGCGCCACUGAUGCUCUCCAGUUGAUGGUGUCGCGCGCCUUCCGUCACCUACCCGUAUGCAACGAUGACGGGGAUGUAGUGGGGCUGCUCGACAUUACGCGUGUGUUCAACGAGGCCCUCGACAAGAUCGAGCGAGGUUACGGCGCGUCGCAGAAGCUAUACACGGCGCUGGAAGGCGUGCAGAACGAGCUCGGGGGCAACACGCACACGCGCCAGGCGUCCGCUAUGAUGAACUACGUAGACGCCUUGCGCGACCGUAUGGCCCUUCCUGAGCUGCACUCUGUGCUCGACGCUCGCACCCACCCUGCCACCGUUUCCGUGCGUACGAGCGUGCGCGAGGCGGCGCGCAUCAUGAAGCAGCACCGCACGACGGCCGUCUGCGUAAUGGACACGGGUGUUGGAGGCGAGCAGGCCAAAAUAGCUGGUAUAUUCACCUCGAAAGACGUCGUGCUUAGGGUGAUUGCUGCGGGUUUGCAGCCUGAUCGCUGCAGCGUCGUGCGCGUCAUGACUCCUCAUCCCGACAGAGCUCCACCUAGCAUGACAAUUCAAGAGGCUCUGCGCAAGAUGUACGCAGGCCACUAUCUCAAUAUGCCUGUCGUCGACGAGGGCAGACUGGUGGCUAUUGUCGACGUCCUCAAACUCACCUACGCAAUUCUUGAGCAGAUCAACGCCAUGUCGGCAGAGGAUGGCGGCGCGGAGCAAGAGGAGGGUGGUCCUAUGUGGGGCAAGUUUUUCGGCACGCUCGCCGCAGCUCCCGAUGAUGCAGAGUCAGCUGUUUCUGGCUCCCGCGAUGUGGGUUCACCCAACGGGCGCAAUGAUAGCGAACUCCACCCUAACGACUCAGCGUCGGUCGUCGACCAUGAGGAGACAUCCCAGGUCGGACUCAAUACGUCCCUUAUGGAGUCAGAGGCUGUUACGGGUAGCAACGCUCAAGCCACCGAUGAACAUGCUCAAGUCGCAGUGUUCAAGUUCGUCAGCCCAUCCCAGCGCAUCCAUCGCUUCGAGUCGCCUACACUAUCGCUGGAGCAUCUGCGCGAUAUAGUAGCAGGCAAGCUAUCCACUGAUCCGUUUUUCUCGCAACACGUGGAAUCAACACCUGUACACGACCUCGACAUGCCCGAUCCGUACGACUUCGCCCUGCUCUACGAGGAUGAUGACGGCGAUCACGUCGUGCUCGACGCUGAUUCCGAUGUUAAAGACGCCGUCGUUGUCGCGCAAAAGAAACGCCAGUCGCGCGUCCUCCUCAUUGUCAACGGUGGCAGGGGUUGGGAGGCGGUCGAGGUAGUCAAGCCAACGGACGAGACGCCGGCGGUGGUCGUGAGGGACGAGAACAUCCACCAGUCACAGUGCGUCAGGGACGUCGAGGAGAUUGAGAAGAAUGGUGAGAGGGAGGUGGAGGAAAAGCUUCCUCACGAGGCUCAUACGAGCGUGCCUGUAGAGGAGCACACAAACAAAUCACCCGCUUCUUCAAAGGGUCACACAGACGCUGAUGUACUUGGAAUACCCAGAGACCUUCUCCUCCCCGCCGCCAUCGCCUUUGCUGGCUCAGCCGUCCUCGUCGCCUUUAUCGGCAGCAAGCUGGCGUCUAAGUAG